AAAUUUGAGAUGCAUCAUGCAGCCUGCAAGCCGCCGUCUCCAAGACAACAUUGCUCUCCGGACUUCCCGAACGGUCAGCGACUCACAACAUUCCCGUCAGCAAUUUGGACGCACAGCAUUUAGGCGCCGACUCAUGUCCGUUGGAAAGUCCACGACCCCGUUGAAUGCCGGACCGAAUAGAUUGCGGCAUGAGAUUUGGGACAGAAGGCCGCCGAAGGGCGCCAGUGCCCAUGGCCUGGCAGAUGCACGAUAUCUACCUCAAGGCUCCAGCCUCAACCUCAUUCUUCUAACUUGAUUUGCAUGUGCAGCGGAACUGCGUGCCGUCCCUGUCCCACUACACUGGUCUUCCUGAAAUUGCCGUCAUGGCUGGUUUGGAUCUUGGGCAAUUCUUCACGGUUCGCUCUUUCGUCCUGGUUGUGGUUGUAUAUGUAUUUACGCGCUUGAUAUACAAUGCCUUCUUCCAUCCCCUCUCUAAGGUACCUGGGCCUCUUUUCGCUCGCGUGUCGGGAAUACCUUCGUGGUAUCGCGCUAUGAAAGGCGACCGUCAUAUAUGGCUAUGGCAGCUUUUCCAGAUAUACGGAGAUAGGAUUCGUGUGGGCCCUAACACCGUUUUGUUCUGCGAUCCAGAUGCCUACAAGGAUAUCUACAACACGAAAGCUAAUGUCCAACGCAGCGGAUUUUACACGGCAUGGAGACGCAAUGAAAAGGACGCGCAUACACUGAACACUGUCGACGUAGCAGAGCACGCGUACAAGCGCAAGUUGCUGAAUGUAUCCUUCACGGAGAAGUCUGUCCGCGCUGCGUCCGACUUUAUCUUCCGCCACAUCGACCGCUGGAACGAGCUCAUGAUCGGUGACAGCGAGGAUUGGUCAAAUCCCAUCGAUUUUUCCGAGAGUGUAGGAACGCUGGUGUUUGAUAUUUCGGGGGAUCUUUGCUUCGGGAAGUCUUUCGAAACUAAAGAGCCAGGGGAGAAUCCUCUAAAGGCCAUGCCCCAAACCAUCGAACAGUAUAUGCGAUUCUAUUAUCCGAUUGCUCGUUCACCGUUCUUGGAUUUCGUCCUUUGGCUUAAGCCGCGAGGCCUCGACUCCCUAUUUGAAGCUAUUGCGCCGCCAUCUAUCAAAUACUUCAAUAAAUUUGUCUAUGACUGCGUCUCUAAGCGUCUCAUUCUCCAGCAAGAGCUCAACGAAAAGCCAGGAGCGGAGCAGCGGCUAGACAUGUUCCAUUUCUUGUGCGAGGCAAAAGAUCCCGAUACUGGUAGACCAGCUCAUGACGAGCAGACGCUUCGAGCCGAAGCAAGCCUUUUAGUCAUUGCUGGUUCCGAUACGUCAGCCACCAGUCUCACGGCAACAAUGUUCUAUCUCUCGCUUCCUUCCCAAGCGCACCGUCUGGCAAAAGUAGUGAGGGAGAUCCGCAGUAUGUUCCAAUCAGCCGAGGAAAUUGUUCAUGGGCCAAAGCUUGCGUCAUGCGUGUACAUGAAAGCGUGCAUUGAAGAGGCAAUGCGACUCUCUCCGGCUGGGCCGAGCGAGCUGCCUCGACAAGUUCGAGCUGGGGGCAUCACAAUCAAGGGCUAUUACUACCCAGAAGGCACAAUUGUGGGCACAUCUGGUUUCGCGAAUGGACGCAAUGAGCAGGUGUACGGUGACAGCUAUACGUACCGCCCUGAGCGCUGGAUCGUGGAUGAGGCAGCAGGUGUGACGCAGCAGGACGUUGACCGAGCACGGUCCAAUUUCCAUCCUUUCUCGUUGGGUCCUGGAAACUGUGUUGGAAAGAACUUGGCCAUGCUGGAGCUUCUAGCUGCUGUUGGGCGGACCUUAUGGAGGUACGAUAUGCGGAGAGCACCUGGGUCGACUCUUGGUGGAGGCUCACCGGAACUAGGCUGGGGGCAGCGUGAUCCCGACCAGUUCCACUUGGUUGAUGCCUAUGUCGCGCUUCACCAUGGUCCAAUGCUACAAUUCAGGAAGAGGCAAAUUUAGAAUGGGCGGGUAAGCCGCUCUCUGAGUGACAACGAAAACUAGAAAUGGCGAUCACGAUGAGGCAAAGGACCUGGUGUGGAAAUUAGCGAGGGUGUAAGGUCAAGCUGGUGCUACAGGCACGCGUCGGGGUGCGGCACAAACAACUGCGCCUCGCAUAGCACUCUUGAGCCCAUUGGCUACCGCUGAGGCUGUGGCACCAAUAUUCAUGAUAGUCUCCAAUCUUUAGCGGAAGUGAGCGGCAG